UUUCGCCAUUGAUGGUGCACACAUGAAAGUCACCACAUCUCGCACAGCCAUGCCGCCGUCAUCGAUCCGACUACCAACGCAUCAAAUACGGUCAAAGGUCUUCCAUCAGUUCCCUCGUACAGCGUACCGCCCGGCGUACGAUCAACAUCCCAGGGCGCGCAUGAUCCUGCGGCCUCGCAGGCCAGAGCAACCAGAAUGGCAAGGCGGUUAUGACAUCAGGACAGAGCUUCCAGAGGGAUGGAUUGAAAAGCCCGAGGUCAAGGAGGAGAUUCCAAUGUCAGAGGCGGAGAGGGUCAAAGCACAGAUCCAAGCCAUUGGCACCGAGCCGAGUGCUACCGAAAGCUAUGAGCAACAGCUCGAACAAUGGAAAAGCAAGACCGAAAAAUGGGACCGACUGGCGAAAACCCUUGAUAUUGGCGCGCUCAGAGUCUUUCCGAAAGACUUUCAGGGGCGACGGGAGAUUUGGGAGGAGAAGAAUGUGCCAAACGGGUUGAGCAUGUUCAUGGAUGACUUGCACUUCCAGAGGAUGAUGCUUCAUGGGUACAAACGAAAGCCCCCAGGCCUAGUAUACAAGAUUGAUGAAGGUACUUCGCGCGGGCUCAGUUUCUUAAGGUACCGUGACACGAGACACGAUGCUGACGACGCAGGAACGCCUGUGCCAAAAGGUCUAUGGCUAGUCCGCGGCGGGUUCCACUGGGGCCAUUUCUCCUUGCAGCCUGCUGUUCCCAUGACACUGGGAGAGCUCGAGGAUAAAAUCACAGAUUUCUUCAACGAACAUGCCAUCUGCAUACCUAUCAAAGCAUGGCACCGCAUACACAGCUUACGACUGCAAGGCCAAAAUCGGCCGAUACCGAAAAACUGGCAUCUACCAUCCCUGGAUGAGCUCUGCCGAAGGCACAGAGUGCGACUGAACGAGGACGAAGGCGUGUACACCAUCAAGAGCCGCAGAGGCUUCUUCUAUUCACCAGACUAUGUGUGGAGCCAAUUUGCGAAGCGCAUCGAAACCCAGCGGACGGAGUAAAGCAGUCGGCACGUUACCGACAUAUCGAGCAUAGCGGGCGCUUUUUCAGGAUUUCGAGAUUCAUAGACGAUGCCUUCUCAUAACACAGCAUGCGGCACAUGCGAAAACUGUACAAAUGUAUCAUCAAGCUUGUAACUAAUGAUGACACGAUAUCACCCGAGAGC